CAAAACUGUACUAAAUUUACGAAACCCCUUCGCUCUCCACAGCUCAUAGAGCUUUGUCUUCAACUGAUAUUUUGGAAAUGUUGUUCAGAACAAUAUGGAAGUUGAACAGUGGGAAUAAUGUGGGCCUCUUGAGGCUGCCGAGAAGAUAUAUAUCAGUUUCAGGCAGAGCUGUGAUAGAUAUGGCCACGAAAGCUGGGGAACUGAGGGUCUUCAUUGUUGCUGGAGAGGUUUCUGGGGAUACCAUUGGUUCUCGGCUCAUGGCAUCUUUAAAGAAUCUAUGUCCAGUUCCUAUCCGUUUUUCUGGUGUUGGAGGGUCCAUGAUGUCCAGGCAAGGGUUAAAAUCUUUAUUUCCUAUGGAGGAUAUUGCUGUAAUGGGGAUAUGGGAGUUGUUGCCUCAUCUGAAUAAAAUCAGAUUGAAGCUGAAGGAAACAAUAGAGGCUGCUUUUCUGUUUCAACCCCAUGUUGUUGUAACAGUGGACUCGAAGGGUUUUUCAUUUCGUCUCCUAAAGCAGUUAAAGGCUAAUUACAGUCAGCAAGGGUUGGAUGGUCCAGUACACUUCCAUUAUGUAGCACCGUCAUUCUGGGCAUGGAAAGGGGGUGAAGCAAGACUCAAAGGCCUAGCUGAAUUUGUGGAUCAAGUAUUCUGCAUACUUCCAAACGAGGAAGAAGUUUGCAAAUCAAAUGGCAUGGCUGCGACCUUCGUGGGCCACCCCAUUCUGGAAGAUCUUUUGGAAUUGAAUUUGGUAAAGGAUACCUCACCACAUGAGUGGAAGGUAGAACGCGAUUGUGAAGAUUUCCGAAGUAAAAAUGCAAUACCUACAGGAGCCACAGUCAUUAGCUUGCUUCCUGGAAGCAGAUUACAGGAGGUCAGGCAAAUGCUUUCCAUCUUUGCAAACACUCUGGAAUUGUUGAAAGUCUUGGUUCCUGAGUUGAUGGCAGUCAUCCAUGUUGCUCCAAAUCAGCAUGUAGAGAAGUACAUCACUGGAAUUGUUCAUAAGUGGCCUGUGCCUGCUCUAUUACUUCCAGGGGGAUUACCACACCUGAAAUAUGAUGCAUUCAGUGCGAGUAGGGUUGCAUUAUGUGCUUCUGGUACGGUUGCUUUGGAGUUGCAGCUUGCUCGAUUGCCUUGUGUUGUUGCUUAUCGAGCCCAUUUCCUAACUCAAUGGAUUAUUCGUUACAAAGCAAAGAUAUCACAUAUCUCACUCCCCAAUAUUCUCUUGGAUUCAGCUAUCAUUCCUGAAGCUCUCUUUCAAGCAUGCACACCUACAAAGCUUGCCUCAAUGCUCAUGGAAUUGAUGCACAAUGAAGGCCUACGAGAAGAACAGAUCGUUGCUGCUGAAAAGGUCAUGAGACUUCUAUAUCCUUCAGAGAGAAUUACAAACAACCUGUCACAGCAGGAUUCAAGAUUGAGGUUUCCUGAUUUCACACCAAGUAUGGUUGCAGCAUCCACCAUAUUAUACUAUGUGAAGCCCUGAUGGCUGAUUAUCAUCUAUUUAGUGAAGAAUAUUGCUUCAAGCCUUAAUAUCAUCUUGCCAUCUUGGUAAUAAAAUCUUAUUGGCUUUGAAGAUCGAAGUGGGCGAGUUUCAUUAGCUUCCUUUUGUUGUGGACAAACAGACCUCAAUGUUAUGUGUCUUGUCUUAAUAUCAAUUCUUCAAAUUUAAAAUUCAUGUGUUUGUAAGGCAAUAUUAUUUGUAUAUGAUUAUUUAUUUUCCCAUUUGAGGUCAUAAAUAUAGGAUUUUUUUUUCA